AUGCAGGGACACCCCCCGACCUUCACCCACCCAGCCAGUCACUGGAGGGAAGGCAGGGACACCCCCCGACCUUCACCCACCCAGCCAGUCACUGGAGGGAACGCAGGGACACCCCCCGACCUUCACCCACCCAGCCAGUCACUGGAGGGAAGGCAGGGACACCACCCGACCUUCACCCACCCAGCCAGUCACUGGAGGGAAGGCAGGGACACCACCCGACCUUCACCCACCCAGCCAGUCACUGGAGGGAAGGCAGGGACACCCCCCGACCUUCACCCACCCAGCCAGUCAUUGGAGGGAAGGCAGGGACACCCCCCGACCUUCACCCACCCAGCCAGUCACUGGAGGGAAGGCAGGGACACCCCCGACCUUCACCCACCCAGCCAGUCACUGGAGGGAACGCAGGGACACCCCCGACCUUCACCCACCCAGCCAGUCACUGGAGGGAAGGCAGGGACACCCCCCGACCUUCACCCACCCAGCCAGUCACUGGAGGGAAGGCAGGGACACCCCCGACCUUCACCCACCCAGCCAGUCACUGGAGGGAAGGCAGGGACACCCCCGACCUUCACCCACCCAGCCAGUCACUGGAGGGAAGGCAGGGACACCCCCGACCUUCACCCACCCAGCCAGUCACUGGAGGGAAGGCAGGGACACCCCCGACCUUCACCCACCCAGCCAGUCACUGGAGGGAAGGCAGGGACACCCCCGACCUUCACCCACCCAGCCAGUCACUGGAGGGAAGGCAGGGACACCCCCCGACCUUCACCCACCCAGCCAGUCACUGGAGGGAAGGCAGGGACACCCCCAGACCUUCACCCACCCAGCCAGUCACUGGAGGGAAGGCAGGGACACCCCCGACCUUCACCCACCCAGCCAGUCACUGGAGGGAAGGCAGGGACACCCCCGACCUUCACCCACCCAGCCAGUCACUGGAGGGAAGGCAGGGACACCCCCCGACCUUCACCCACCCAGCCAGUCACUGGAGGGAAGGCAGGGACACCCCCCGACCUUCACCCACCCAGCCAGUCACUGGAGGGAAGGCAGGGACACCCCCCGACCUUCACCCACCCA